AUGCACCGUUUGCUAAAAGGCUUAUUGUUUGCUGUUGACAGCUGUAGACCCGAAGGCUCAAUACAACCGCAUGCCGCAUGCCGUCGGCUGAGCCGAGCCGUCGGGAACUCCGGCGUGACUCCACGUCACAACACAAGUCAAGCCGCGGAAAAGCCGAUCAGCGCGCGAGAACGGGCAAGCGCCACCGCGCAGAAUGGGAACGGGCCAGUCGAGCCACUCAGGAACCAAGGCGCCGAAAUGGCAGGCGCGCGAUGGCGUGGGCACAUGACACGCGACGGCGGCAAGGUUGCUGUUUACGGCGUGUGCGGUGGGCAGCGUGAUUUGAAACGCAACCGCAACCAGGCGGUGUUUUUACAUUUUCGAGGAACUUCCGUCGGCAGAACCACGAAAUUUUAG